AUGGCUACCAAUCAAUCUUCGAUUGAAGAAGAUGAAGCCUUGAGAGAAAGUUAUAAUUUCGUACCAGUUCCUUCAGUUUAUGAUCACGAUAUAAGAUUCGAAAAUCGAAACACCGAAGAACUGCAUCGUGGCAUACUGGAAGCCGCGCGACUGGAACAUGAAAGAGUGCGGAAUGAAGCUAUGCGAGUCUUUCAAAUCACUCUCAUACAAGAACAACAACUCCGAGCCCAACAUGAGAUCAGAGCUGAAGAGGAAAGGUUACGGAUUGAAGAGAUGCGCCUGAAGAUUGAGGAGAAUCGCGUCAAUACGGAAAGGCAGAGCGCAUUGGCAGAAUUAAAGAGGAGGGAGUUGGAAGAAGCUGCGAGAAGAAUACCGAUUGUCCCUCCGAAACCUCCUACCCCUCCACCAGUAGCAGAAGUUCCUCGAGCGCCUGCACAAACGACCUCGAACCCGCUUCAGAAUCAAUCUCAAUCUCCUCCCCAACAACGGCAGCAGCAACAACAACAACCACCGCCAUCGCAGCAGAAUAAUGACAGUGGAGGGGGAUUUGGCGCGCCCAGUCAACAAACGAGUCAAAGCAGACCUCCUCAGCAAGCCAAUGCCUUUUCGCAACCUCAACCUCAAACUCAACAGCAACCUUCAAAACAGCCAUCCGCGCAACCUCCACCUCAACAACAACCUACCCCUACUUCAAAACCACCAGCUUCCAGGGAUCAUUUACUACCAGGUGUGGAACGUUAUGUUGAAAUUCAUAAGAAUCUUAAACAAUUGCGGCAAUACUUGGUGACGGAAGGAAAACAAAAUAUACCAUUCAAGAAAAUGUUAGGGGAUUAUCGAAGAGCAAUUCGACAAACUGUUGGACAAUUGACCGGGGAACGAGGUGCAAACAGGGGGUGUAUCAAUAAAAUCGUUACAUUACUUGGAGAAUCCCUUCGAGCGGUACAAUCUCCAGGAAUCGAUCCUAGCAAUUAUAUGGUAUCGAAACCAAAUCCUGUACAAGGAGCUCAAAAUAAUGGAGAACAACUUCCCUCUCUCUUUAUCUAUCUUCUCAACUUUUUCUCGAAAGCUAUUGUUUCUCAAUUUAUCAAUGAAGCAGGUGUUCGACCAGAAAUGGCAGAUCCUGUUGGUGUUAUUGCCGUUUCGAUAUUUGCUAGAGAUGAAUUUUUAUGGAGAGGUUCUUCAUUAAUCGAUAUUCUAAUGGCAAAAAUGCGCGUCUCCAUACCGGUAGUAUUCGGACUUCGUGGAAAUGAUAAAACAGAGGAAGGAAGAGCUCGAAUAGGAUGGCAAAGAUUAGAUGAUGGAAGUUGGAUUGACGAACAAGCUCAUAAUAACAGAAUGGUUGGGUUAGCAGCAGGAUAUGCAGCUAUUUCUCUCCGUGAUUUCUCAAAAGUGAAACUCACCAAUCCAUGGCCACCAACAUAUUAUUGGAGAGCAAUGGCAAGUAUUGUUUCUACACCAACAGAAGAAGCGUCCUCAACACAAUAUACAGCUUUGAGAUCGAUGAUUGAAGGCUGGGAACAAAGAUUCAUAGAACUUUAUGGAGUUCAAGCAAUCGCAGCUCUAAGAGUUGCUCUAGUAGAUUUCCCAGCUCGCGCUCCGCCAUCGGCAAAAGUGGCAGCGGGUUCGUUAAGUGUGUUGGUGGAUAAAUUGGAUAGGGAUAAAGGAUUGACGCUUGCAUAUUGA